UUACCUCGCUGUGAUACAAUUUCUCACAAAUCUCCUGCACGUUUGGAACUACAGCUCCCGGAAUGCAUCCGCUGCGAAUGAAAGUGGCUUGCGUCAUAGCAACACGGAGUCAUAACAACCCAGCAACACGCUUUGGAACAUAGCAACUGGAGUUUGCGGUGCAGUCUCUCGCCCAGGCAGGGUCUUCACGGGGAGUCAAGCAGGUCGUAGUGGGAAGACAGAGGUCGCCAACACUUCCAGCAUUUCAACAGCGUGCAGUAUUGGGAUUACCACUACUAAGGCAAGGUGGUGUAUAAAACAGAUGAUCAAAUCAAUGGUUGUAUUGUAAGAUUGCAAUUCGGAUUUCCAACGCAAUGUUUACAGUUUGUUUUUUUCAGUAAUCUUGACCAUAGUAAAAAAUUCCCUGAGACUUCAAAGUAAAACUGUCACUGACUACGAAAUAGGAAACAAUGUUCCCUUAUGUUCAAGUAGCUUCAAGUGAUCUUUCAAACUAUUUCUUAGUUUUUUAUGAACUGACUUUAAGCCAUACUGCGCUGUAAAUAUUUGCUGUUUGUGUGUGUCCAAGCUCCUCUGUGUUAAUUUGGACGGCGGGCGGCGCAGCGAAGAGCGACCAUGCCGGCAGUUUAUCCCAAUCUACGUUUCCACGGAUUCCCUACAUUGUUUGGACACGUGAAGGACACGAAUAUCACCUUUGUUGUCGACACGUCGCAAAGCAUGCAAUUGCACAUCACCGCAAUCAAGUUUCACCUGAAGGAAGCGCUUUUGGCCAAGGCUUAUAGCACACUCUCCAGUCGCUUUAAUAUUAUGGAAUUUUCCAAUAAGGUAACCAAAUGGUGUGACCAUGUGGUAACAUGUACCCCCCAGACCGUUUUCAGUGCAGUGCAAUGGCUUCAGUCACUUACCUGUACACUGGGUAGGGAUCUGCUCAGUGCAUUAACAGCAGCAUUUGAUGAUCCUAUGUGUCAGGCUAUCUACCUGGUGACAACUGGUCUACCUGACAAUAACUUAAAGGAUAUUUUUCACGUUCUACCACACCUAUCCCGUGGUCGUCCAUUGCACACCUUCUACUUGACGGACAAAUGGAUAGACAGUGAAUGUCGAGAGUUUCUGCAGAGAAUCAGCAUGCUUACCCAGGGCAGUGCUCAUCUCAUUAGACUCAGCCACUGUGGAGCAAUCAAACAGGUGAUUCCAAUUUAUCCUGCAGACCAUUCAAUCUCUGGGCCUCUGUACUCGGCUCCGAAAUACUGCAGUGUCAAAACUCCACUGGAUAAAAGCCCAUCCAUUCACUCAUGGGACAAAUGUUCUGAUGCAGAAGCUCUUCACAUGCAUUCAGCACAUUUUUAUAAUCCAAGGAAUUCUGCAAGUGCCUGCAAAUAUACUGAGCCGUGGGCAGGACAUCUCAGAUCAAGCCACUUGGUUUUUGGAACUUCUGUCCUCGCAAGACAAGAGUCUGAUGGAUUCUUUUACCUGGGCAAAAUCAAACAAGAGGUAAGAAAAGGAAUAUUUCUGAUUGAGUUCGACAAAUCUACUAUGGAUCAAGAUGACAAGUGUCAAAUCUUUGUGCAGAAGACGGCAUUGCAUGACAUUAUCCAAUAUAAUGAAGGAAUGCGACAUGCUGUGGUCCCAGGUGACAAUGUACUAGCACCUUGGGAAUCAGACAGAAUCAGAUAUGGUCCUGGAAUAGUGGUGUUUGGCAUUGAAACCAGAGAUCCUCUGCAAGCCAUGGAAGAUGAUGAAAUCUCUGUAAAGUUCUGGAAUGCAAAAACUGUCAAGGUUUCCAAAAAUGUAGCCAUGUGGAUUCCAUCGGCGAUGUAUAAGAGAGUUCUACAGGAGUUGUUAACUCCAUUAUCAUCCAGGCAUCAACUAAUGGAUAAUGAAUUUACUAGUUGUCGUGAUGUUUGUCUACAUCGGUCUCAUGUGAGUGAGCUAGCUCGUCAAUGCCAUUUUGAACCAAUGUGUACCCAGUCCUUGUUUUCACAUUUCCCUGGCCACGAUCCAUAUCAUAAUUACUGGAAUGGGUUUUAUCAUGGUUUCCAUUGUUUGCCAGUCUACCCUCCGUGUUACUGUUUCCAAGAAGUGAUUCCUCCUGUAGGGUGGUGUCCAGUAACUCCAAAAUAUAUCAACUCAACAACUUGUGACGCAGAUGCAUUGGACAAGAAAAUUACUUUGCAGCUUCAGGAGUUAGAUGUUCCAAAAAAGAAAUUCCCUGAAAAAUUGCUGUCUUCACCUUCUUCAGCUUCAUCCUCUGAAGAUUCUGAUAGUAGCCUAGAGACAAUUGUUUGUAAGCCUACUUUGGAAGAUAAGGGAGUAAAUACCUACUCGGUGUUGGAGCGAUCGAGAGGCAAAGCCAGAGACAGGCCUGGAUGGAGGUAUUGGAGCCAAAGCCACCAAAAGCCCCAUGGAAGGAAACCAGGUGCAAAGUCCACCAAUUCAAGAGCGUUUAGGAGAGAGUCAACUGUCACGUGACUGUCAACAUCAGGAGGCCACAGAGAGAUCAAGAAUGAAAAAACUGCAGCGACGUCAGUGGGAGAAAGACCGAGAGCAACAAUGUGAGAACAAGUAUCAAAACAUUC